UUGAAAGAAGAAAAUGAGCAAUUUUAAUGUUCAAUUGCUGGGACACAGAUUCCACCCAACUGAUGAAGAAAUUAUCACGUAUUAUCUGGAAAGAAAGAUGGCUGGCCUUCAUAUUCCUCACAACGUAGUUAACGAAGUUGAUAUUUGCAAAUUCGAGCCUUGGGAAUUGCCUCAGCUUUCAGCGCUGUUAGAUGAUGAAGAGUGGUACUUUUUCAGUACACCUUGCAAGUAUGCCAACGGUAAAGGGACCAAAAGAACAACCAAGGGUGGUUACUGGAAAGUGACGUGUAAUGAUCGUCGUGUUUGGGACGAAUGCGAAGAGAAUGAGAUUGGGAAGCAAACGACUUUGGUUUUCUACAAAGGACGUGGUUCUAAAGCGGUGAAGACCGACUGGAUUAUACAUGAAUACCAUUCCAACAACGCCUCUUCUUAUCAGAAUGCAUUUGUUUUCUGUCGCCUUAAAGGACAAUUAGAGGAUGGGUCAAAUGCUUAUACCGGCGGCAAAGCAAGCUACAGUUGAGCUUACGAUUCUCGAAAUCAUGAUGCAAAUAUGGAAUGAAUAGUUAGGGUUGGAUGACAGGUGAUGGACAGAAUCGCAGGGAAGAGUCAUGUCAUCCAUAAAGAAACAAAUUAUAUGCAAUAUUGUUGGGGAGUGGAGU